AUGCUUGCCCUUGGUUUGGUAAUGGAAGGUGUUUUCAAGUGGGAUGACCCAAAACUGAUACCUGAAUGCAAGGUGUCUUCAGGAGAAGAGGAGAGGGGAGAUGAUGAAGAAGCACAGAGGAGUGGCAGUCACAAAUGUGUUAUCAGUGAUGACCAGCGGCAGGGGAGCGUGGACAGCAGAGUUUACUCUGGGACAGACUUAAAUGCCGAGUUUGAUGCUCAGGCACAAAAAUCAUGGAUAGAAAGAGCAUUUUACAAGAGAGAAUGUGUUCAUAUCAUACCCAGCACCAAAGACCCCCAUAGGUGUUGCUGUGGACGUCUAAUAGGUCAACAUGUUGGACUGACUCCAAGCAUCUCUGUUAUUCAGAAUGAGAAAAAUGAAGGCAGGCUUACUCGCAAUGACAUCCCGUCGGAGAAGUGGUCCAUCAGCAAGCACACACAGCUCAGCCCGACGGAUGCUUUUGGAACCAUUGAGUUCCAAGGAGGAGGCCACUCCAAUAAAGCCAUG